AUGCAGAGGUAUCCCAUCGAUACCACUGUCAAUCCUCCAACCGUCAUGACGAAAACUCGCUCAACUACCGCCGCUAAUUCUGAGCGUGAUACAGCCACUUUAAGAGAAGUCGUGGCCAGCAACACUCCAAACGGGCUCGGUGCCGCCAUCAACACCAUCCCAGCGACCCAGCUGGCAUUCAAUACCAGCCAUAUCGUGAUACUACAGGAGCUCCUGACGAUGCGACGGACACUCGAAGGCAUAUCUCGUCGUCAGGAAGCAAGCGAUGAGACGAUUAGGGCCAGCGAGACGAGAUUGCAAGAACUUCAGCCCAUGCCUAAACGGCUUGACGAUAUGGGGUUCGAACUGAACAGUCACUACUUGCUAGCCGAAGACAAAAUACGCAGACAAGAGACAGAGAUCAGAGCUCUGGCGGACAAGAUUGUUCGAAGUGACGAAGAGAGACUUGUCCUGGAUCGUAAGGUAGAGCAGCUUUCUACCAAAAUCUCUCUGCAGGCAACGCAAGCAGACCCCGAGGAAAAUGGUUCAACUCGGUUCGCAUCCAAACGCAAAGAGCAGGAGGCCCUGCCAGCAUACGAGCCCAACGAGCAGUCGAUGCCUUGCGAAGUGAUUUCCCACAGACCCAGCAUUAUGACAGUUCCUCCAACGACGCCAGCACCCAAAAGACUCAAGAUCGAAUACCCUAGGCUUGCCAAACGUCAGGUGCUGAGCUUUCGGAAAUACAUGAAGGCUUCCAAAAACGACUAUCAGAAGGCCCCCCCAAAGACCGGCAGCGACAUGAGGCGGUUCAUCAAUCAAUUCAUCGAGGGUGUUCAGGACAGGAAUGUUUCCAACAAUUUGCAGGACCAAAUUCUAGCACAAUUCCCCUCGAAAGUUCGAAGGUCGAAGUCAAUAAGAGGGCCGCGCAGUAUUGUCAUCGAGGGCAACCUGCACUGGGACGAUGUUUGCCAGGUUGCCAGCUUACUGCAGACUGGGAAGGGAGCUGAGGAGUGA